AUGCAGGGCAACAGCGCGAAGCAGAGCUGGGGCAGCAACAGGUGGCAACGGGCAGCACAGGCACGGGCAGCAACGGGCGGCGACGGGCAGCACAGGCACGGGCAGCAACGGGCGGCAACGGGCAGCACAUGCACGGGCAGCAACGGGCGGCAACGGACAGCACAGGCACAGGCAGCAACAGGCAGCAACGGGCAGCAACGGGCGGCAACGGGCAGCAACGGGCGGCAACGGGCAGCACAGGCACAGGCAGCAACAGGCAGCAACGGGCAGCACAGGCACAGGCAGCAACGGGCGGCAACAGGCAGCACAGGCACGGGCAGCAAUGGGCCGCAACGGGCAGCACAGGCACGGGCAGCAACGGGCAGCAACAAGCAGCACAGGCACAGGCACCAACGUGCGGCAAAAGGCAGCACAGGCACGGGCAGCAACAGGCAGCACAGGCACGGGCAGCAACGGGCGGCAACGGGGAGCACAGGCACGGGCAGCAACAGGCGGCAACGGGCAGCACAAGCACGGGCAGCAACAGGCAGCAACGGGCAGCACAGGCACAGGAAGCAACGGGCGGCAACAGGCAGAACAGGCACGGGCAGCAACAGGCAGCACAGGCACGGGCAGCAACGGGCGGCAACGGGGUGCACAGGCACGGGCAGCAACAGGCGGCAACGGGCAGCACAGGCACGGGCAGCAACGGGCGGCAACGGGAAGCACAGGCACGGGCAGCAACGGGCGGCAACAGGCAGCACAGGCACAGGCAGCAACAUGCAGCACAGGCACGGGCAGCAACGGGCGGCAACGGGGCACGGGCAGCAACAGGCGGCAACGGGCAGCACAAGCACAGGCAGCAACGGGCGGCAACAGGCAGCACAGGCACGGGCAGCAAUAGGCAGCAAAGGCACGGGCAGCAACGGGCGGCAAGGGGGUGCACAGGCACGGGCAGCAACAGGCGGCAAUGGGCAGCACAGGCACGGGCAGCAACGGGCGGCAACAGGCAGCACAGGCACGAGAAGCAACGCGCGGCAACGGGCAGCACAGGCACGGGCAGCAACGGGCGGCAACAGGCAGCACAGGCAGAGGCAGCAACGGGCGGCAACAGGCAGCACAGGCACGGGCAGCAACAGGCAGCACAGGCACGGGCAGCAACGGGCGGCAACGAGCAGCACAGGCACGGGCAGCAACAGGCGGCAACGGGCAGCACAAGCACAGGCAGCAACGGGCGGCAACAGGCAGCACAGGCACGGGCAGCAACAGGCAGCACAGGCACGGGCAGCAACAAGCGGCACAGGCACGGGCAGCAACAGGCGGCAACGGGCAGCACAGGCACGGGCAGCAACGGGCGGCAACGGGCAGCACAGGCACGGGCAGCAACGGGCGGCAACGGGCAGCACAGGCACGGGCAGCAACGGGCGGCAACAGGCAGCACAGGCACAAGCAGCAACGGGCGGCAACAGGCAGCACAGGCACGGGCAGCAACAGGCAGCACAGGCACGGGCAGCAACGGGCGGCAACGGGCAGCACAGGCACGGGCAACAACAGGCAGCAACGGGGAGCACAGGCACAGGCAGCAGCGGGCGGCAACAGGCAGCACAAGCACGGGCAGCAAUGGGCGGCAACGGGGUGCACAGGCACGGGCAGCAACAGGCGGCAACGAGCAGCACAGGCACGGGCAGCAACGGGCGGCAACUGGCAGCACAGGCACGGGCAGCAACGGGCGGCAACGGGCAGCACAGGCACGGGCAGCAACGGGCGGCAACAGGCAGCACAGGCACAGGCAGCAAGGGGCGGCAACAGGCAGCACAGGCACGGGCAGCAACAGGCAGCACAGGCACGGGCAGCAACGGGCGGCAACGGGCAGCACAGGCACGGGCAGCAACAGGCGGCAACGGGCAGCACAGGCACGGGCAGCAACAGGCAGCAACGGGCAGCACAGGCACAGGCAGCAACGGGCGGCAACAGGCAGCACAGGCACGGGCAGCAACGGGCGGCAACAGGCAGCACAGGCACAGGCAGCGACGGGCGGCAACAGGCAGCACAGGCACGGGCAGCAAUAGGCAGCACAGGCACGGGCAGCAACGGGCGGCAACGGGGAGCACAGGCACGGGCAGCAAAAGGCGGCAACGGGCAGCACAGGCACGGCCAGCAACGGGCGGCAACAGGCAGCACAGGCACAGGCAGCAACGGGCGGCAACAGGCAGCACAGGCACGGGCAGCAACAGGCAGCACAGGCACGGGCAGCAACGGGCGGCAACGGGGUGCACAGGCACGGGCAGCAACAGGCGGCAACGGGCAGCACAGGCACGGGCAGCAACGGGCGGCAACGGGCAGCACAUGCACGGGCAGCAACGGGCGGCAACGGGCAGCAAAGGCACGGGCAGCAACGAGCGGCAACAGGCAGCACAGGCAGAGGCAGCAACGGGCGGCAACAGGCAGCACAGGCACGGGCAGCAACAGGCAACACAGGCACGGGCAGCAACGGGCGGCAACGGGGUGCACAGGCACGGGCAGCAACAGGCGGCAACGGGCAGCACAGGCACAAGCAGCAACGGGCGGCAACAGGCAGCACAGGCACGGGCAGCAACAGGCAGCACGCGCACGGGCAGCAACAAGCGGCAACGGGGUGCACAGGCACGGGCAGCAACAGGCGGCAACGGGCAGCACAAGCACGGGCAGCAACGGGCGGCAACGGGCAGCACAGGCACGGGCAGCAACGGGCGGCAACGAGCAGCACAGGCACGGGCAGCAACGGGCGGCAACAGGCAGCACAGGCAUAGGCAGCAACGGGCGGCAACAGGCAGCACAGGCACGGGCAGCAACAGGCAGCACAGGCACGGGCAGCAACGGGCAGCAACGGGCAGCACAGGCACGGGCAGCAACAGGCAGCAACGGGCAGCACAGGCACAAACAGCAACGGGCGGCAACAUGCAGCACAGGCACGGGCAGCAAUGGGCGGCAACAGGCAGCACAGGCACAAGCAGCAACGGGCGGCAACAGGCAGCACAGGCACGGGCAGCAACAGGCAGCACAGGCACGGGCAGCAACGGGCGGCAACGGGGAGCACAGGCACGGGCAGCAACAGGCGGCAACGGGCAGCACAGGCACGGGCAGCAACGGGCGGCAACAGGCAGCACAGGCACAGGCAGCAACGGGCGGCAACACGCAGCACAGGCACGGGCAGCAACAGGCAGCACAGGCACGGGCAGCAACGGGCGGCAACAGGCAGCACAGGCACUGGCAGCAACAGGCAGCACAGGCACGAGCAGCAACGGGCGGCAAUGGGCAGCAGAGGCACGGGCAGCAACAGGCGGCAACGGGCAGCACAGGCACGGGCAGCAACGGGCGGCAACGGGCAGCAUAGGCACGGGCAGCAACGGGCGGCAACGGGCAGCACAGGCACGGGCAACAACGGGCGGCAACAGGCAGCUCAGGCACAGGCAGCAACGGGCGGCAACAGGCAGCACAGGCACAGACAGCAACAGGCAGCACACGCACGGGCAGCAACGGGUGGCAAUGGGCAGCACAGGCACGGGCAGCAACAGGCGGCAACGGGCAGCACAGGCAUGGGCAGCAACAGGCAGCAACGGGCAGCACAGGCACAGGCAGCAACGGGCGGCAACAGGCAGCACAGGCACGGGCAGCAACGGGCGGCAACAGGCAGCACAGGCACAGGCAGCAAUGAGCGACAUCAGGCAGCACAGGCACGGGCAGCAACAGGCACGACAGGCACGGGCAGCAACGGGCGGCAACGGGGAGCACAGGCACGGGCAGCAACAGGCGGCAACGGGCAGCACAGGCACGGGCAGCAACGGGCGGCAACGGGCAGCACAGGCACAUGCAGCAACGGGCAGCAACAGGCAGCACAGGCAGGCAGCCGUAUCGAGUCCAGGAGCGGCGGCGCAUGCAGCUGCAGGGUCGGCGCCGUGGGCUGCUGCUGGGGCGGCUCGCGGGGUCCCUAAGGCGGCAUUGCGGGCUGCUGCAGGGUCGGAGCCGCGGGGUCCAGGGGCGGCUGCGGAGGUCCAUAGGCGGCUUCACUAG